AUGCAAACCAGUGACCCUGCAAUCGAUUUUAGACGUACCAUCAAGCGCCAGCGUCUAGAAGACCGCAACGUGAUUGCUAUUAAACCUUUGGUACCACCUGUCUGUAUCCUGGAAGAGUUACCCGUUACUCCGCAAGUACACGAUUUGGUGGAGGCUACUCGAGACGCAGUGUCUCGCAUCCUACACGGCGAGGAUGACCGUCUGGUAGUGAUUGUCGGUCCAUGCUCCAUCCACGAUGUAGACGCUGCUUUGGACUACGCAAACCGCUUGAAGGAGCUUGCUCAAGAGCUAGCGGGAGAACUGCUGGUGAUCAUGCGCACGUACUUCGAAAAGCCUCGUACCACAGUCGGAUGGAAGGGAUUGAUCAAUGAUCCCGACCUCAAUCGGUCCUUUAACAUUAAUAAGGGCAUUCGCAUUGCCCGCAAGCUUUUGCUUGACCUAAACACGCUUGGUCUACCCGUGAGCCUUGAGUUCCUGGACACUAUCUCGCCACAAUUCACGUCCGACCUCAUUUCGUGGGGAGCUAUCGGUGCUCGUACCACGGAAUCGCAACUACAUCGUGAACUUACCAGUGGCUUAUCCAUGCCAGUGGGUUUUAAGAAUGGUACGGGGGGUGAUGCCAAGGUGGCGGUGGACGCGGUUGUGGCUGCGUCGCAGCCGCACAACUUUCUCGGUCUGAGUGGACACGGACUUGCGUCUAUUGUGCGCACCAAGGGCAACAAGGACUGCCAUGUGAUCUUGCGUGGUGGAUCGAGUGGCCCCAACUAUGAGCAAAAGUACAUUGACGAGGCUGCUGCAAUGCUGCUGAAGGCCAAGCAGCCGUCUAAAAUCAUGGUGGACUGCUCGCACGGUAACUCUCGCAAACAGCAUGCCAACCAAAUUAAUGUGGCUCGAUACGUGGCUGGCAUUAUGGCUGAAGGCAACACCAACGUGCUGGGUGUUAUGAUUGAGUCGAACAUCGUGGAGGGCAACCAGCCGCUCGGUGAUGACCCGUCCAACCUCGUCUACGGUAAGAGUAUCACGGACGCGUGCAUUAACUGGAAUGACACGGUCACAGUGCUAAAGGAGCUUGCGGUUGCUGUCACUAAGCGGCGCCAAUGUGCUUCGGCCUACUAG